AUGGCGUUCAUAGUCCGUUUGGGCCAGUCCGGCCUCAAGGUCUCAAAGAUUAUCAUGGCUUUGAUGUCCUUUGGCGACUCCAGCUUUUCCCCCUGGCUGCUUCCUGAAGAUGAUUGCAUUAAGUUCGUUAAGGCUGCGUAUGACGCCGGCAUCCAGGCCUUUGACACCGCGAACGCAUACUCCAAUGGCAAGUCGGAGAUCAUGCUCGGCAAUGCGAUCAAACAGCUUCAGCUCCCUCGCGAGGAACUUGUUAUUCUCACCAAGCCCUACUUCCCGAUUCCCAGCGAGUUCGGCAGGAACAUUAUGGCGGUCCCGGAUCCUGACACGAUCGGGUUUGUGAACCAGCAUGGCCUUAGCCGCAAGCAUAUCUUUGACUCGGUGAAGGCGAGUCUCAAGCGUUUGCAGCUGGAUUAUAUCGACGUCCUCCAGUGCCACCGCUUUGACUACAAUACUCCAUUCGAGGAGACGAUGCAAGCUCUCCACGACGUUGUACAGGCCGGAUACGUUCGAUACAUCGGCAUGAGCUCGUGCCAUGCCUAUCAGUACUAUGCUAUCCAGAACAAGCUCACGCUGUUCAUCUCGAUGCAGAACCACUGCAGCUUGCUCUAUCGCGAAGAAGAGCGCGAGAUGUUCCCUACACUGAAGAUGUUUGGUGUUGGCUCCAUCCUCUGGUCCCCACUCGCUCGCGGUCUGCUCUCACGUCCACGCGGAGAACAAACAAAGCGCGGCGAAUCCGACCGCAUGAUCAAGAUGCUUGGAGGGUCCGAUGCUGCGCACCAGAUCGUCGACCGCGUCGAGGAGAUCGCGAAGAAGCGCGGGAUCAACAUGAGCCAGGUUGCGCUUGCGUGGACACUCGCCCAGCCGGGUGUCACGGCUCCUAUUGUUGGCACGACGAAGCUGGAGAAUCUCCAGGAUUCCAUUGAGUCCGUUCACGUCAAGCUUACGGAAGAGGAGGUCAAGUACCUCGACGAGCCCUAUGCUCCACAGCAAAUCAUCGGUCAUAGUUAG